AUGGGGACAUCAUGGCAUAAUGUGAAUGGGAAGAUUUGGAUUUUUGUGGAUGCAGAAAUUCAAGUAGAAAUAAUGAGAGAUACAGAACAACUGUUAUCCUGUAGAUUCACUCAUUUGGGUGAUGGGCAAGAGUUGGUGCUUACAGUUGUUUAUGCGAGUACUGAUAGAAGUGGGAGAAUAGCUCUAUGGGAGGAUCUAUAUGACAUGUCUUCACACAUCACCAUCCCAUGGCUUGUGGGUGGGGAUUUUAAUGUCAUUACAGAUGACAUUGAGAAAUUUGGGGGUCUUCCUGUACAGUUUGCAGAAACAGAGGAUUUUAGACAAUGUAUAGACAUUUGCCAACUGAUGGAUCUUGGUUUUACUGGAAGUAUGUUCACAUGGUGGAAUGGGAGAUCGGAUGAGGCUUGUAUAUUUAAAAGACUAGACAGAUGUUUGGGAAAUCAGGCUCUGCAGAAUUGUUUUCCUAAUUUGGAGGUAGAGCAUCUCAUUAAACAAGGUUCUGACCACUCCCCCUUGCUGGUAAAUAUGAGAGCAGAUAGUAGACCAAUUAGGAAAUCUUUCAGGUUUCUUAAUUUUUGGGUGGAGCAUGAAUCUUUUCUAGAUGUAAUCAAAGAAAAUUGGGUGGAAUCUUAUGGCUCAGACCCCUUCUUUAACUUCCAUAAUAAGUUAAAAAAUGUGGGAAGAGCUCUCUCUAAGUGGAGUAGGGACACUUAUGGUGAUAUCUUCAAGCAAAUUGCAACUCUGGAGGAAGUGGUGCAGGUGCAUGAGCAAGAAUUUGAACAGAAUCCUACAGGGCUUAACAGGGAAAGGCUACAAAGGGUACAAGCUGAUCUGAUCAGGUUUUAUGCUAUUGAAGAAAAAUUUUGGAGACAAAAAUCAGGGAUGCUGUGGUUUCAGGAUGGAGAUAGGAACACAAAAUUCUUUCAUGCUCAUGUCAAUGGAAAGAGAAGAAAGCUACAAUUACAGAGAAUUCAAGAUCAUCCAGGUACAUGGCUGGACACUGAAGAGGAGAUUGCACAGGAAGCAAUCAGAUUUUUCUCAGACCAAUUCAAAGAGGAAAAUAUCCCUACAGAUUUCUCUAUGCUUGAUAAGAUUCCUAAAAUGGUUACAGAAGAACAAAAUCAACAACUCUAUGAAAUGCCAGAUGAAGCAGAGGUGAAAAGAGCAGUUUUUGGUUUAAAUGGAGACAGUGCAGGGGGUCCUGAUGGUUUCACAGGAAGAUUUUUCCAAGCUUGUUGGGAAAUUAUUGCAAAUGACUUGGUGACCAUGCAAUCAGGAUUUGUUAAAGGCAGGAGUAUUGUAGAAAACAUUCUGUUGGCUCAGGAAAUUGUACAUGAUAUUAGGAUUAGAGGAAAGCCUGCAAAUGUUGUCAUUAAGCUUGACAUGGAAAAGGCUUAUGACAGAUCUAUGAGAUUAGUGAUGAAGACUUUGAGUAAUUAUGAGAAGGUGAGUGGUCAUAAGAUCAACAAGCAGAAAAGUGUUGUUUAUAUGCAUCAUUUGACAUCUCAUAACAUUAAGGAGCUGGUAUUUUCUGUCACCCAGAUUCCUAAAAAGGAUUUUCCAUUCACAUAUUUGGGUGUACCAAUCUACUAUGGGAGAAGAAGGAACAUUCACUACAAGGAGAUAAUAGAAAAGAUUCAGAAUAGACUGAGCUCAUGGACUGAUUCAUAG